AUGCUGCCUAUCAAAAGUCUACUCAAAGUACCACUCCAGCACUCUCUUGCCUGUCUUUCAAUAUCACGCUCGUAUGCAAUCUCUCGAUUUGCGCCGAAAAGAAUACCAGGAGUAGGAAGAACACGGCAAAUACUGCGACCAACUGGGCAGCAAAGUAAAAAUAAACAAGUCAACGAUACAGAGAUGUCGGAGCCCAAUAAUUUCACCAACUAUACAAUAGACCGGUCUUCUCCAUCGCACAAGGAUGGUUUGUCAAAAUUAUUACUUCAAAGAAAUUAA